UAUAUAAAAUACUUUUAAAAAAAAACAAAAAAAAACUUUCACCUCCGUGCUGUUUCGCCGGCAACAGAGUCUCUUCACCGCCGUGUCUUCUUCCUCCCCCAGAAAUGUGGGAUUGAAGAAACGAUCGAAGAAGAAGACGAAGUUUAAACACAAUGGCUCCAGCUAAAAAAGCUGAUAAGAAAGCAACACUAGAUGCUGCUGCUUGGAUGUUCAAUGUUGUUACUUCUGUUGGUAUCAUCAUUGUUAAUAAAGCUUUAAUGGCUACUUAUGGCUUUAGCUUUGCAACGACCUUAACUGGUUUACAUUUCGCUACAACGACGUUGAUGACACUUGUUUUAAGAUGUUUAGGAUAUGUUCAGCCUUCUCAUCUUCCAUUUAAAGAGCUUCUUAAGUUUAUUGUGUUUGCGAACUUUUCGAUUGUUGGAAUGAAUGUUAGUCUUAUGUGGAACUCUGUUGGGUUUUAUCAGAUUGCAAAGCUUAGUAUGAUUCCUGUAUCAUGCUUGUUGGAAGUAGUGUUAGAUAAGAUUCGUUACUCAAGAGACACUAAACUUAGCAUAGGACUUGUUCUUGUUGGUGUUGGUGUUUGCACUGUUACUGAUGUUAGUGUUAACACCAAAGGUUUCGUUGCUGCUUUUGUUGCUGUGUGGAGUACUGCUUUGCAACAAUACUAUGUACAUUAUCUACAGCAAAAGUACAAGCUUAGCUCCUUCAACCUAAUAGGUCAUACUGCUCCAGCCCAAGCUGCAACACUGUUGAUAGUCGGUCCAUUUCUUGAUUAUUGGUUGACAGAAAAACGAGUAGACAUGUACGAUUACAACUUUGUAUCUGUGAUGUUUAUAACCCUCUCGUGCACAAUAGCGAUUGGGACAAACCUAAGCCAGUUCAUCUGCAUUGGGAGAUUUACAGCGGUGUCGUUCCAAGUCCUGGGCCAUAUGAAGACGAUCUUGGUGCUGGUAAUGGGCUUCUUCUUCUUUGACAGAGAUGGUCUAAACCUGCAUGUCGUUCUUGGCAUGAUUAUUGCAGUACUUGGGAUGAUCUGGUACGGUAAUGCCUCGUCCAAGCCAGGCGGCAAGGAGAAGAAGAACUAUUCUCUUCCGACGACCCGACAACAGAAACAUGGAGCUGCUUUGGAUUAUGAUGAACACCAAGGUAAAGUUUAGCAAGUAGUAAGAGAUCAGUUUCACUCAUAGCUAUUACAUCUCACUUUGAAUUAUUCUUUCGUAGCUAAUUUUUUGUUAUCUUGUUGCUUCUCAUUUUUUGACUUGGUACAAAUAUUAACUUUCAUACAAGUUACCAAAUGAUGCAAUGGCAUUUCAUACUCUUUCAUGUCGUUCU